UUUUUUUUUUUGCUAAAGAGAAGAAUUUCUGUUGCUUUAGUUCUGGUUCUUGAUCAUCUUUAUGUGGAAUAUCCUGUACUUGUUCCUAACUUGUGUUUGUGGCAAUUACAUUUAGUUAUUCGUCCUGCUGACUCAUAGAACCACAUAUGGCUUACAUGUUUAAAAAUCAGUGUGUUUUGCUCAAAUAAAAAAUUAAUUUUGCUUUACUCAUAUAACUUUAAGACGUCAUUGCAAUUAUGUGCGUGAGUCUUCUAGAUAUAUACAGUAAUGCAAGUAUUGCCGUACUUUUGUCAUUAUGAAGCAGUGAGAAAAGAUAAUAUAGACUAUAUGCUUGCUAGGUAUUCUGAUUUUGUAUAAUGGGUGGACAUUUGAUUGAUGUUGACCGGGAACUUCCCCUUUCUAAUGCUGCUCGCACUGUGGUCUUAGUUGGACGCACUGGUAAUGGAAAAAGUGCAACAGGCAACAGCAUUCUUGGCAAAAACGCCUUCAAGGCCAAGCGUAGCUCUAGUAGGGUCACGACCACUACUGAAUUGAAGACUGCUAUCUUGAGAGAUGGACAACAAAUUAAUGUUAUAGACACUCCUGGUCUUUUUGAUAAUUCUGCCAAAUCAGACUUUAUUGGCAAAGAAAUUGCCAAAUGCAUUAAAUUGGCCGAGGAUGGAAUCCAUGCUGUUCUUGUGGUUCUCUCAACUAGAACUCGCUUUACAAAAGAAGAGGAGUCUGCACUCCGUAGCUUGGAAACUCUAUUUGGAAGUAAAAUCUUUGACUAUAUGAUUGUUAUCUUUACGGGAGGAGAUGAGUUGGAAGAAAAUGAUGAGACUUUGGAAGAUUAUUUGGGCCAUGAUUGUCCGGAGCCUUUGAAGGAACUCCUUGGUCUAUGUGGAAAUCGCUGUGUGCUUUUUGAUAACAAGACUAAGGAUAAAACCAAGAGGGUCGAACAAGUGCAGCGGCUUCUGUCGCUUGUAAACUCGGUUGUAGCACAGAAUGGUGGGCGGCCAUACACAGAUGAGAUAUUUGCUGAAGCGAAGAAAGGGGCUAUGAAACUUCGUGAUCAACAAGAAGAGGUUGCUUGGAAGGGGUAUUCAAAACGAGACAUAGAUCUUUUCAAUGAGCAGAUGCAGCGUCAACAUGAUCUGCAGCUUAAACAAAUUACUGAGAUGCUUGAGUUAAAGAUGAGAGUGAAUACCAUGACGCUUGAACAAAAGUUAGCAGAUGAACAUGCUGCACGACUAAGAUCUGAACUGCAGAUUGCCCGAGAUGCUCAACAAAGGUCUGAAAAAGAGAGAUACGAUCUGCAAGUAGAGAAGCGGAUACGUGACGGAAAUGGCAGAGGCCGCAUAGGCCUCGGAGACAUUUGUCCUAUUCUUUAAUGCAAUGAUUGAUAGGCUAUGUGGUAAGGACAUCGUGGAGUUUGAGGCAACUGGUUGCGACGUCUGGUUGAUAAUGGCUAUGGUAUCUUGUGUAAAUGUGAAAGAUGCUGGCUCACAGUUGGAAUUAAUAUCUAAACUCUUGAACUGUAUGGGAAUAAUGUUGUAAGUAUAUUCAUCUCUUAAGGAGGUUUAUAUAGUAUUACAACCAUGUACAUAUAAAGAAAAGUAAUAAAUGCUGAUCUAAGU